GGAGAAAGCUAAAAGAAACCAAAGAUGUCUGUGUGAAACAAAAUGGAUUCAACCAAGCCCAGCCUUUCCUCAAUGGUACCGCAUGUAAACAACGCUGGGGGAAAUGAAUCACUGAUGCGAGAACCAUCGGUGCCAUGGCGGGACAGUGUGGACGGGGAGAAGUUAAGGGACACAGAAACCAGAGAGCCAGACGUUGAUGGGACGACAGCAGCUGCAGAGACGAACCAUUACCACAGGGUGUCAGCAGACAAACACAAGUCCAAUACGUUUGGCUACCAGAGGCGGACCAAGCAGAAGGUUGUGACUGACGUAGGAACAGUGAGUAAGGGAACAUCGGCAGUUACCAAACCCAGAGCCGCACUGAGACAGGUCCUGUUCAGCCAGGGAGUAUCUGAGAAGAACCCGGCGUCUGAGGAGCGAAGUCAGCUGGAUGUGUUGAAGCAGGAUCUGGGGACUUUUGCUGUCCCGCUCAAUCUCAAGUGGAGGUGGAAGGAGGAAAGUCAGGGAACUACGCUGGAGAAGAACUGGACAGAUAUAGUGCAAUCUCAUUCAACGAUGGCUAAGAUGCAGAGACACCAACAGGAGGCGCUGUGGGAGUUUGUCCAUACCGAGCUCACUUACAUCAACAAACUAAUUAUCAUCAAAGACUUGGUUAUUGCGGCUCUUGUCAACCUGCACAAGCAUGGAUUUCUCCUGGAGGUGACCACUGAGCUGCUUUUCUCUAACCUUCCCUCCAUCCUCGCCGCACACCAGCUAUUCUGGCAGGAGGUGAUUUAUCCCAUGUUACAAGAAGUCCGGAGGACAGGCAAGCCCUUUGACCCCAUGGUGUUAGAGGCUGGUUGCCUGCAGUUCCACGAGUGCUUCUCUUCCUAUCAUCAUUACUGUUGGGAGGAGGAAAACAAUCUGGAGUUCACACGCAGGCAGAUGGAGAGCAACCCACAUUUCGUCACUUAUGUUCAGUGGGUGGAGACUCACCCUCAGUGUGAGCGGAUGCGGCUCGGGGACAUGCAAGCCAAACCCCAUCAGAGGAUCACAAAGUAUCCUCUGCUGCUCAAGGCCGUGCUGAAAACCACCCAGGAACUUCACGUGCAGCACACACUCAGAGGCAUGUUAUCCAGUGUUAACAGUUUUUUGGAGAGCAUCAAUGACCACCUGAAGCUAAAAGAUGAGAAACUCGCUCUCAAUAUUUCUGCUCAGAGGGUGGAGGGAUACGAGGUGGAGGGCAUAAAUGAAGAUAUUGACAAGCAUGUCCGAGAGAUUUGUCAGUUUGACCUAACAUGCCCCAUCAGAGGAGUAGGUCCUGAAGUCGUACGCAAGCUUCUGCUGGAGGAGAACUUGAAGAUUCGGGAGAGAAAAGACAACAAGCUCGAGGUGGUGGCUCUCCUUUUCUCAGAUGUUCUUCUAAUGACCAAAGUCCAGAAGAAAGGAGAGCGGCUGAAGGUAGUUCGACCUCCUCUGGCCCUUGACAGAACUUUUUGCAUAGCACUGAAAGAUGGCUGUUCAUUUGUUCUUGUGGAAGUAGGUGAGCUUCGGAGUGCCAUGAAUGUCUACAUAUUUGCAGCCAGUACCUCAGAGAGCUGCUCCACAUGGGUCUCCACCAUCCACCAGGCAAAGGAAACACUGUGGAACCAGAGACAGACUGAGGGUAACAGACAACAGGAAAAUUGGAGAAUCCAGCAGCUGGAGGCCAAACCUGUGACAGAAGCCAAGACAGAUGAUAUGGAGACAGAAGAACAACCUUUAAUGGAAUCAAGACGAGAGACCUUUGCAGAUGAACUUACUGAGGAAAUUAUCCCACAAUCAAUAAAUGGAAUGUUGGCGCCUAAAGAAGCAGAGGAACUGUAUCAACCUCCAGAAGGUGUGGCCACGGACAAUCCUGUUUCAUCUUUUUGGCACUCCCAGCCCAAUGUCAAUAACAGUAAACUAGUGCAUAAGGGAUCUGCUGGUUGGCAACAAGCAGUAAACAGAUAUGAAUGGAUAGAAAUGGGAGUAAGACGAGAAGAAACCAGAAUCCACAGAGAGAAAGAAGAGAAAAGGGAGCAAAGACUGUGGAACCACAGAGUACAGUCUGCCCCUAAUCUGGAUAAUUUCAGUCAUGGUAUUGCAGCUGAUCCAUUACGAUACAAUACUACUGGAUCGCAUGCUGUCUUAUAUCCAGAUGUUGACUAUCCAAUGGAGGAAGAAAGUAAUAUACACCUUCCUGACCAACCAUCAAUAUUCAGGGAGGAGCCUGAAUUCUUAGGACAAGCACGAGAGGCAGGGUUAUCAACAAAUAGGGACUCAGAUUCCCAGUCUGUGAACCAGGACUCUAGGAGCAAUUCUGACUACAGCCAGUCUGGAGACACGGAGACAUCUUCAGAGGCUUGGGGCUGCUCAAAGGAUUUAAAGUCACCUGGUUUACGCAGGAGGAGGCCAAUCAAUACCCAUCAGGGCCCCUCCUCUCAGAAGUCUAAUCAGUUCAUCCAGGGCUCAGGACAGAAAAAAAGCUUCUCUUUCUCCAACUUAAAUACCCAACAGAAAAGAAACUCUCAUCCACCUGGCUCAGAGUCACACCGGGUGCUAAAGCUGGGCUCCCUGAAGCAGAACCAAGGGAUGUUUUUAAGAAUUCAUGAUCGAGUCUCUCCAGACCCCCAAACAUGGUCUGAAUCUGAGCUUCCUGAUCUAAACGUCCAUAACAGAGUGAAAACCCGAAGGAGUGCCUCUAUUCCUAACAUCAUCAUUGAAGGAGGGCAUAGACUUGGCCUGCACACUAGUAGUCUGUACACGUUACCCCAAGCUGAGGAUGCACCUUUGCCAAAACCAAAUGGACACCACUCGGCUCUGGAGGGUCUUCUGACAAGAGCCAAAAAGAGGGAUGGAUUAAAAAGAGACAGAAAUGUGAAAACGGCCAAUUUGAGGUCAAGGAAUCCUCCUUCCCCCUCGUUUUCCACCACACCAUCACCAUCGCCCAGUGAUGGAGACAGGGACACAGAGUGGGAGGAGGUGGAGCUGAUAAGACACAGAGCCCUCACAGUGAGUAAAGGAUGGAAGGAGCAGCUGGUGGACGGAGAUGAAGAUGACAAGAAGCAAAGUUUUAUCUUUACAGACGGAGUAAAUGUAGACUGGUCAGGUUGGUGCUUUGAUGAUGAUGAAGUUAUGGAUCAUUUACUCCCUGGAGACGAAGGGUUUCUGGAGAGCUUCAGCCGAUCUUUGGCCUCCUGGGAUAUCGUCGGAAGUUCAGAGCAAGAUGACGGGGAGUACAGUCAAGUGUAGCUCUGAAGCUACACAUCAGAGUCCUGCACUCAGUGAGUGGCUCCAAAACGAUACUGCCAACCAACAAGCAACUAUAAUGCAAAAUUUUAAAUUCAGUCCGUGACUGUGAAUUACAGAGGCCAAAUUAACAAGGACGGUAGCCUUUUUUUUUGUUUAAUGAAAAGAUCAAGCAGUUAAGCAAAAUUCUAGUUUUCCAUUGUGACAAAUGUCUUCAGUAUGAAUUUUUGGCCAAUAAUGAUUCUGUAAAUAAUGCAAAAGUAAUAAGUAUAUAUUUUUUAAAUAAUAAAUAAACAUGUGGUUAAACUUUUAUGUAAAUAGGAUGAAAUAGUCUUUUUAUAAAUUACUGUAUACAACA